AUGUCUGUGGCUCUUGCAAUUCAACUAAAACACCUGAACAAGAAAGAACAUAAAGGUUGUGAUAGUCCAGAACCAAUAGAUACUGAUCCCUAUGUUCAUGGUAUGAGAGGUGAUGAGAAAUAUGAUAGAAUUAAUGAUGAAUAUCAGAGAGUUAUGCAACAUACUCAACUAAAUCAAAUGAGGUCUGGUGGAAUGCAACAUUUCCAGAAUGCAGGAAUGCCUGGAGGAUUGGGACUACCAAAUACUGGAUAUCCACCGCCUCAGAUGAGUCUUAUGUCACCGCAUCCACAAAAUCAUAUUAUGUCUGGAUCACCAGGUCUAUUGCACCCCCCUUCAGCCCCACCAAGUGUUAGUCCAAGACCAAACUCAACAGGUGGAAUGGUUGACAUGAGUCAUUCACCAACACCCAAUGGUUACCAUCAUACAGUUUCACCAUGUAGUUCACCUGGCGUCAUGGCACAUAAAGGUUUAUCAAAGCCCUCGCCUGCUCCCACCCCUCCCAGCAUGAGACCAAGUCCAAACCUUAAUCAGAAUUUACGUGUUAUGAUUCCUAAUAAUAGUCGAAAUGAUUUACAAGAUGGACAUGGUCGAUCAUUGAAUUCUACAUUAGCUCCCCCUGUUGUUUCUAUGGUUCCUAGUACUGUUGGCAUGUCAAACUACCCUCCGUCCGCUCUUCCCUCCUCAUAUCCACAAAAUAACUUUCCAAUGGGUACUGCUGAUGGUAAUAGCAAUUUCCAUCAUUGGUCAAGUAAUGGAGGGGGAGGACAAGGUAUGAUGUCAGGCCCUGGACAUCCUGGUGGCCUCUCUCCACACUCUGGAUCUAUAACUCAUGGAAUUAGCCCUGGACAUGUGUCACCAAUGGCGAUAAAUUCUAUGAGUGCUAUGAAUAUCAAAAGCGAACCUAUUUCACCACCAAGAGAAUCUACUACUCCAUCUAGUCAUCACAUGUUACGCCCGCCUUCUAAUGGCCCAGGUCACCUAUCUCCGGGACAUAUAUCUCACAGUAACAGCUCGUCACCGGUUAAUAUACAUAAUCAUCUUCAAGAUUAUGAUGGCCCUCUGAUGAAACGUUCACGUAUAGAGGCGUGGACGACCUAG